GAUCUCCCUGAGAAGUGUUGUUUUCUGUCGCCGAAGAUUCGCCGAUUCAUUCCAUACAAUGCAGAAUCCCCUGAAAGAGACUGGCGAGUAUGGAGCCCAUGAAGUUCUCAAACAUGGUCACGUCAACGUCAAAGAGAGCCUGGAGAUGGGUCAUCCCCUGGAGCUGAGCGAGCGGAAUUACGCCCAAAACGAGUUUCAGAGAAGUCUGAGGACGAUGCGAACUCUCCAGGGCUUGCACGCCCCGCUCAAAAUUGUCGCUGAGCUCCGAGCAUGCAAAACGGUCGGACGCUUGCCAUGUCUCCCCUCUUCGAAUCUGAUGAGGGACACGCUGUUAGGCAAUGACGACGUUCUCACGUUCGACGAUGUUUAUAAUGAUCCGGAGAGGAGUGAAGAAAUUCGUCCAGCCUUCGCGGUUAUGGCGAAAGCAAACUGGACUGGGUUCUAGAGGAGGCAGAAUAAAGGGUUCAUAUUCUUAUUGAAACAC